AUGCUUCCUCUCACAAUUGCAUGGUUUUUCGCCAAAAAAAUGCCCAGAUUUUUUGCAAUGGUGUGCGAUCUCAUCGCUAUCCUAAUGCUUAUCUUCUUGCUGGUAGGGAACAACAGCGCCUCCCAAGCAUCGACGUAUCUGACAAGUUUCCAGUUUUCGUCAAAAUCGCCGCUGUACAACAUCAUUUCCACCUCGUUUGACGCUCAGAAUACCACUACCGGUCUUCAAAAAAUCCAGGUCUGUGCUGGUUACAUGGGAAUUUGCGUUGUUGACCUGCCUAAGGCUUACUCCAGCGAGUCCACCUUGUGCUAUAACCGGAAAUCCGUCUCCAACCAAACUCUGUAUCAGGACCUGGGCGUGAAGGUUUUCAACAUCCGCACUUCAGAUACCAAGAAUACGGCAAACUCCACUGAUACUAUGGAGCUCAACAUCUUGCAACUUGCCCAGGACAAUUCCGUCAAGGUUAUUCAUCCUUAUGUUCUGAUGGCAGUUAUAGUACUUGCCUUGGUGAUGUUUUGUGCCACAUUGUGUGCAACAGUACCCAAACUGCCAGGUAAAUCGUAUAUCAACUCCUUCUUGUUAUUUCUGAGCCCACUUUUAACAUUAUUGUGGGGACUUGGUGCUAUGUGGACCGAUGUUGCAAUCCGCGCCGCCAAAAACUACGUUCCUCACGCAUCCAUGGGCAUUCUCAAAGUAAAAGUGGGAACAAAGGCAAGCACCAUGGCCUGGGCCGCAUUUUCCUUCUUCAUUGUCAAUUGUCUGAUUCUUUGGGCCCUGUAUUUCAGAGAUAGAAGAGCUUUAGGAAAAGAGAUCGACAAAAUACGAGCUAGAAACGAUUCUUUCGACCCAAAGUACCCGAGUGAUCACUCUACGCUGAACAGCAAACAUUGA